GUUGUGAGCAGCGGCAGAGGCUGGUGGCUGGAGGAGACGCCGGCGCUGCGAGAGCGCUGCGCCCUGGCCGCUGAGGGACCGCGGGGCCCGUGGCUGCUGGCUGCUCCCAGCCUUCGCCGAGAGGUACCCGGGGGUGACAGGUCCGGCACUGGCCGCCGGGCGAGAAGCCGGAAGCCCGAGGAGUGCGACGGCCGCCAGCCCAGACUUCCAGUUGGACGGGGCGACCGUUGGCCCGGUCCGGAGGACCAACGGGGUCAAGGUGUGGAAAUUAAAAACAAAUAUUUUGAUUGAGGCUUUGAUCAAGCAAAUGCUUAAAAGCAACAUAAAGAAGAUCCCCAACAGUCAUUUCUCAACAAUUAUAUAGUCAACUGAUGUAACAAUGGUACUAAUAUUGGGACGCAGACUAAACAGAGAGGAUCUCGGGGUGCGUGAUUCCCCAGCAACUAAGCGUAAAGUUUUUGAAAUGGACCCUAAAUCUCUGACAGGUCAUGAGUUUUUUGACUUCUCUUCAGGCUCAUCCCAUGCUGAAAACAUACUCCAAAUAUUUAAUGAAUUCCGAGAUAGCCGCUUAUUCACAGAUGUUAUCAUUUGUGUGGAAGGAAAAGAAUUUCCAUGCCAUAGAGCUGUUCUCUCAGCCUGUAGCAGCUACUUCAGAGCUAUGUUUUGUAAUGACCACCGGGAAAGCCGAGAAAUGUUGGUUGAGAUCAAUGGUAUUUUAGCUGAAGCUAUGGAAUGUUUUUUGCAGUAUGUUUAUACUGGAAAGGUGAAGAUCACUACAGAGAACGUACAGUAUCUCUUUGAAACAUCAAGCCUCUUUCAGAUUAGUGUUCUCCGUGAUGCAUGUGCCAAGUUCUUGGAGGAGCAACUUGAUCCUUGCAACUGCUUAGGAAUCCAGCGCUUUGCUGAUACCCAUUCACUCAAAACACUCUUCACAAAAUGCAAAACUUUUGCAUUACAGACUUUUGAGGAUGUGUCCCAGCAUGAAGAAUUUCUUGAGCUUGACAAGGAUGAACUUAUUGACUAUAUUUGUAGUGAUGAACUUGUUAUUGGUAAAGAGGAGAUGGUUUUUGAAGCUGUCAUGCGGUGGGUCUAUCGUGCGGUUGAUCUGAGAAGACCACUGUUGCAUGAGCUCCUGACACAUGUGAGACUCCCUCUGUUGCAUCCCAACUACUUUGUUCAAACAGUUGAAGUGGACCAAUUGAUCCAGAAUUCUCCUGAGUGUUAUCAGUUGUUGCAUGAAGCAAGACGGUACCACAUACUUGGGAAUGAAAUGAUGUCCCCAAGAACUAGGCCACGCAGGUCCACUGGCUAUUCUGAGGUAAUAGUCGUUGUUGGAGGAUGUGAACGAGUUGGAGGAUUUAAUCUUCCGUACACUGAGUGCUAUGAUCCUGUAACAGGAGAAUGGAAGUCUUUGGCUAAGCUUCCGGAAUUUACCAAAUCAGAGUAUGCAGUCUGUGCUCUGAGGAAUGACAUUCUUGUUUCAGGUGGAAGAAUCAAUAGCCGUGAUGUCUGGAUUUAUAACUCACAGUUGAAUAUUUGGAUCAGAGUUGCCUCUCUAAAUAAAGGCAGAUGGCGUCACAAAAUGGCCGUCCUCCUUGGUAAAGUAUAUGUUGUUGGAGGCUAUGAUGGGCAAAACAGACUUAGCAGCGUAGAAUGUUAUGAUUCCUUUUCAAAUCGAUGGACGGAAGUUGCUCCCCUUAAGGAAGCAGUGAGUUCUCCUGCAGUGACUAGCUGUGUAGGCAAAUUGUUUGUGAUUGGUGGAGGACCGGAUGAUAAUACUUGUUCUGACAAGGUUCAAUCUUAUGAUCCAGAAACCAAUUCUUGGCUACUUCGUGCAGCUAUCCCAAUUGCCAAGAGGUGUAUAACAGCUGUAUCCCUAAACAACCUGAUUUACGUUGCUGGUGGACUGACCAAGGCAAUAUAUUGCUAUGAUCCAGUUGAAGAUUACUGGAUGCAUGUACAGAAUACAUUCAGCCGACAGGAAAACUGUGGUAUGUCUGUGUGUAAUGGUAAAAUAUAUAUCCUGGGUGGAAGACGGGAAAAUGGAGAAGCCACAGACACUAUUCUCUGUUACGAUCCUGCAACAAGUAUCAUCACAGGGGUAGCUGCAAUGCCCCGGCCAGUGUCCUAUCAUGGCUGUGUGACUAUUCAUAGAUACAAUGAGAAAUGCUUUAAACUCUGAAGCCAGGAUACCUCACCCAAGAAGCCACACAGAUCCAAGAUGAGAGGUUGUAAAAACUCCAGAGUGGGAACUUGACAGAUUUUCUUUGUGCCAUAUGCACAAAAAAAAAAAAACUGAAAAUAAUGAUUUGGUGCCUUUCUCUUGAAAAUAUUAAUCUUUCAAACUAUAAUGAAGCCUUUCCUAUAAUUGAAAAAAAAUUUUUUUUGGAUUAAAGAUAAUGUUGGUUGUUGCUUGGUCUAUGAGAGUGUACCUUUUGUAAGUAUUUGUAAGAAGCCUACGUGGAGUAGGAAAUAAUAUCUGUCUGCAGUACCUUUUAGUUACUUGUGAAUGAUCUCUUCUUCCUGUAUGUUUACCUGCAAGACUGUAUAUUCCUCAUUUUGUCAUAUAUAUAUGUAGAGAAAAUUGUAUGACUUGAGGCUUCAUUUAGGUUGAAUACUUAAUGCUUAGAAUACUUAGAAUGCAUUCUAAGAAAAAUAAUCAAUUUUUUAAAAUUUUGUCACUGACAAAGUAUAUCCAAAUUGAUUAAUUUUAUUGAAGGAUUUUUUUCUGUAAUUAAUAAAAAUAUAAUGACAACAAUUCAAGAAUCAUAAAAUACUGAACUAUCAUGAUUUCAUUCUUAGAAUUGCUGUCCUACAUUAAGUGUGUUUUGGGGGGGGUUAGAUGAGAUAUACAAAAGUAAGUGCCCCUACAAGGGGGAUUAAAAUUACAUGUUAAUUCCUAGAAAAAAAUUACAUAACUACUGAGGAAAAAUGACCCACUGUAGCUUUCAAAGUUUUUAUGCAUUAUCUCUAAAUCCUCCAAAGAAGUUCCUUUUCUUGAACCUAACAAAGGAGUUAAAUUGAUUUUGCAAUAUUGUCCUGUGAAAAACAAGAACAGGUUUUCUCCCCCAGCCCAGUGGGGUUUGGCCUCAUUAAUAUGGUGUUUUGGGUGAGAACCUCUUCCUUGGUUAUCCUACUUUCUUGUGAACAGCUAAAAAUCCUGAGAGUCUCUACUGUUAAGGCUCCUUUAACCGAAUAAAGCAGGGACCAUCUAUCUCAGCGGGUCCAUUUUUCUUUUAAAAUUAGCAGUCUGAGACACCUUAGCAGUAGUUCCCAUUUCUAAGAUAAGUCUUUCAGUUGGUACCCAUUGUGUAUAAUAUUGAUCAACGCUUUCAAACUUCUGUACAACAAACUGCUUUUGUCUAGAUUUCUGAACUCUCAUUUAUAAAGCUUACCAGUUUAGCCGGGCUCCGUGGCUCAGCCUGUAAUCCCGCGCCUUUGGGAGGCUGAGGUGAGUGGAUUGC